AUGAUAAAGUUGGGAUAUUAAGAAUAUUCUUUAAGAGGAGGAGGAUCUGGCUCUUCUUCUAAUCAUUCAAAAGAAAUACCUGAAUAUGUAAUAAAAGAAGCAUAAUUGCACUAAACACUUUUAAAUGCUUUUUUAGUCAACUUAAAUAAAAGACUAGAGCAAAUUGAACAUGUAAAAGUGAUCUUAAGCACCGAAGAAGGAAAAAGCAUGUUGGAUAGGACCAUAGGUUGGUUUUUGGAACUUGAACAAUUAUUUUGUUAUUUCCAAUUUUAGAUCGACUUGGUCAGGAGACACAAAUAAAUCAUAGAAAAGACACUCUAAUAUUUCUUAGAAUUGGCAUCAACAACAAUAUUAUGGGAUAGAUUGAUUGCUUUAAAAAUUUUAAAAAUUUGUAACUCUUUUAGCCGAUUAUUAUUUAUUUAUUACUCUAAUUAAAAUGAAAAAACUUAAUAAAAGUAGAUUUUAAAAUGGAAAUAGUUACUUUCACACAUAAUCAAUCAAGUUAAUUUGGAAGGGGAAGUAUCAUUAUUUUAUAAUGGGUUGAUUUAUGAGCUAACCCUAAUUAAAGCCUGUAUUAAGUAUAUACCAACCUAAGAAGAGGCACAAUAAAAAAAUGAUUCUGCUAUUGCUAUUCUUAAAGAACUUGUAAACUCAGCUGUUAAUUUAAAACCAUCUCCUGAAUUAUUAAGUUCAAUUUCAAAAGGGGCGUUGUUUUUAUAUCAGCAAUACCAGAAGAAGAAAUCAAUGGAACAAUUUCAGAAGUGCCUAUUUUUAGAAUAAUUAAAAUGGAAUAUCUUGAUGAGUAUUAAAGCUGGUGUAUUGUUUAAUGAAAUAGAAGACAAAAUUAAUGAUAAUUACAAUAAAAUUAUUAAAUAAGGAAGUGAUUGGGCUAUUUAAUAUUCUUGGAUUAAGAUGGCAAGUGAACUAAUGGCAUGCAAACCAUAAAUAACUAAAGUCAAGUUUUUAAGUUUAUAAUAAGGAUCAAAUUAAGUAAUGACAUGGGAAUAAGCCUAAUAAGACAAUUUGAUUAAUGUUAUCCAUAAAGAUUUUGAAAUUGCUGAGAUUAUUGCAAAGAAUUAAACAUCAAAUAUUGGCAUUAAAUUAUAAAGCAUUUCUAGACAGUAUUACAAUCUCUAAAACUUUUUUAUGAAUGGAAAUCAAGUCAUACCUAAAUUCAUUGGUUACUAUACCUUAGAAUCAGGAAAAGAUUAAUUAAAUUUAGAUAAUGAAUCAAACCAAGAUUAUUUUAAGAUGAUAUAAGCAUUAAGGCAAGUACCUUUCGAUAAAAUUGCUUACAAUUUCAACGAAUUUUUAAAUAAAUUUUCAGCAUAUUUAAUCAGCUAUUAUCAAAUAGAACCUAAAACAAUGGAUUUUACAGAUUUCCAAUAUCAUUUAAUAUUAAUUUAGGAACAAUGCCAAUCUUUGCUCAAUGAUGUUAUUAAAUUUUAGAUUUCAAGGGAUUAUAUAGACAAAAUUAUUGAACUAGUGUCUCCUCUUUUGGAUGACCUUAAAAAAUAAAAGACAAUAGUAAAUCAAAACUGUUUUUAAACAUUUCUAUAUAACUAUUCUAAAGCACAGAUCAACAAACAAUUUGAUAAAAAAAGAGAUAUUUAUGACAAGCUUAUAAAUUGGUUGGAAUCAAAAAAUUUAGUUUUAGAAUAAAAAAUUAUUUACUAGUAGCAUUUUGGAAAAAAGAUACCUGAAGAUUGUUUUCUUCUGUCGAAAAUCCAAGAAAAACCCUUUUAAACAUAGCUGAAUUAUCUGAUUUUUGCACUUCAAUUUUGUUAACUAUGGAAUCAAUAGAUUACAGAUCUUUCAUCUUUGUUGAUAGCCGAAAACAUUAUGAUGAAUUAAUAAGUUAUCAUUACAAAAUAAACAUAAGAGGAAGAAAUCAAAUCUAUAGCAGAUAAUCUGAUAGACGAAUAUAUUAAUCGAUAGAAUAAUAAUUUUGAAUAACUUCAUUCUACUUAUUCAAUUCUUUAAAUGUAGUACGAAUAAUUCGUUGAACUAAAAACAUUACUCUUUGAUAAAUUCUUUUUAGAGGAGUUUGCAAAAAUUAAACAGAAAUAGUAAAUUGAAUUCAGAAUUGAUUAAAAAUUUGAUUUAUAACUAUUUUUUCAGUAUUAAGUCAAUCAGCAUCAUUAAUUGAUUUAAUUACUUGAUAAGGAAAAUGAGAUCUUAUCUAAUUUAAUGAAGGAAUAUCAAGCUAAAAAGCUUAAUUAUGCCUGCUAAUAUUUUUGUUCUUCAUUGAAAUUUUCUCUUCCCUUAAUAAACUAAAUAUAUAAUUUUAAUUUAGAUUUGAUAAAAAAACUGGAAAUAUUAGUUGAAUUUGUUAGCAUAAAGGACAAUAAAGUAUUAUAGAAUUUUAAACCUAACUAAAUAAAACUUUAAUCUCAAUUUGAUCUAUUGAUAACAUCCAAAGAUAAGAUAGACAAAUUUACCAAUAUUGAAUAUAUAGAGAAAGUUAAAGGAAUUUGA